GGCACUAACUUAAGCAGUAAACACCAAUCGAGACAUUCAAUCCGAAUGGCCAAGACUGUCACAAGAAUUAACGGGCUGUGGCAGGCACUGCUGCUACUGUCGACUGCAGCCGGGAUUAGCCAGCAGGCGUCCAUCCGUGMGGAGCGAGCCAGCGAGGACUUCUAUACUGCCGCCGUUGUGGAGUUUAGUCAGGCUGAUGGGACCGAUCUGACGGCGAAUCUGGCGGAUAACUUGGCGGGGUAUCUGGAGCUCAUCAACUCGCCCAAUGCCACUGGGGCGGAUAUCAUGGUCUUCCCUGAGAUGACACUCAAUAGCGUGAAUUCACUUACAUAUGUGCCUCCACCCGAGAAAAAUGCAACUCCCUGUCUGGACGAUCCCUCGGCCGAAUACUAUCAUCCCUUCUUUGUGGAGAUCUCCUGCGCCGCUCGUAAAGUCAAGAGAUACAUUGUGAUCAACAUCAAUGAGAAACAGCUCUGCUCCGAUACGCCCGAGGACACUCGUCCUUGCGCCUCAAAUGGACACAAUAUCUUCAAUACGAACGUGGUCUUCGACCGGAAUGGAACUGUUGUCUCCAGAUACCGCAAGGUUCAUCUGUAUGGCGAGCCAAGGAACAGCACUUUCGUGCCGGAGUCGGUGAGCUUUGACACGGACUUCAAUGUGACCUUCGGCCAUUUCAUUUGCUUCGAUAUCCUGUUCUACGCCCCAGCCCAUGAGCUGCGUCUGACGCAGGACAUUCGGGACUUUGUCUUUCCUACUAUGUGGUUUUCUCAGCUACCUUUUCUCACAGCUGUUCAAGUUCAGCUGGGCUGGUCCUAUGCCAAUGAUGUGAAUCUUUUAGCUGCAGGCUCCAGUCACACGGAGUAUGGCAGUACUGGAACAGGAAUCUUUAAUGGACGGAAGGGAACCAUCACCAGCGUAAUGAAGCUGGAUGAAGGCGAGCGUCGCAUCUAUGUGGCCCAGGUGCCCAAGUAUCCCAGCUCGGCUGCUACGUCACAUCGACGUGUCUCGACUCAGAGACAGAAGCAGCGACUUGGGCAGAGUCUGGAGCAGAGGGUUCUAGCUCGAAGCAGCUCAGGCUUCAAGAUGAAGCGAGACGAGAAUCUGGAGCUGUACGAAAGCGUAUGGCUGCAGCAGGAGCGUAAUGUGACACAGGAUGUUUGCCAUGGAGGGCUGUGCUGCCACUUCGAGCUGGAGUGGAGCCCAGUGCAGGCAGGAGGAAGUCCUGAGAGCGMUUUUGGCUAUCGAGUGGGCGCGUUCGAUGGCUGGCGCAAUGAGCAGGAUGUGGAUAAUAACUAUGUGCGCAACUGCGGCAUCUUCGCCUGCAGCGGACCCAACAUUGAGGAUUGUGGCCUGCUGCUGAAUGCGACGGAAUCAAAUCGCAACUUCAGCCGAUUGCUCAUUGAGGCCAACUAUCCGAAGUCUCACGAGUUUCUGCUGACGCCGAACAGUGUGAGGGACAAUCUGCUGCCACUCGAGCCAUCGCAGUUCGAGUGGUCUGUCCAGGAGGAGGAGAAGAGCCAUCUGUUGAGUGUUCGCUUCGCACUGGCUGAAGGCAAGUCCCUCUCCAACAUGUUGACAUUCGCAAUCUAUGGGAAUUACUACGAUGAUAUUUGCACCUAUGGCAUUGACUCCCCGGAGAAGGAUAUUCAAUGCGGCUAUAAGCCCGCUGACGAUGGGGCAGCCGACUUGCGAUUUGGUGGCAACUGGUUCUAUAUGCUUAGCAUUGUGCUCUUUAUAGUUAGCCUUAGUAAUUAGAAGGAAUCUUUUUUG